UCGCCGCGGCAACACGCACAGCGCACACACACAGCGCACAGCGACAGCCGCAGCCGCACACACACAGCGCCGGCAGUACGGCCCGCGUUCCGUCGCACGACAAUCGCUCCUACAAGCGUCUCUCGCCCGCCGCCAUUGUUCCCGCCACAAUGCGUUGACACUCGAGCUCGGAAGUGGCCCAUUCACGAAUCGUUCCGAAACACUGAUUGUUUUCGUUCUAUUUAAUCUUUAUUGGAGUUAUUUAAUCUGUGCGUUGGAGUGUUUUUUUUUUUAAUUUGUUCGUGAACGUGCAAGUGAUUUAUGUCACGGAUAUUGGACUUGUUCGGAAGCCGAGAACAUCGGCGCGGACUUCAAAGCCGCGCCUACAUCAAACGACCUCUCGCCAUCGCAUCGCCGAGUGCCUAUUGAGCGCUAAUUCAAUCAUAAAAACAAACAUGAGCGACUAUUUCCGUACGAAUCGCGGCUGAGGAUCACACAUGAGCGCGGAAAACGAGCCGGACUCCACAGAGGACAAGCAGCACGAGACCGGGGGAGAAGCAAUGCAAACUGUUGUGUCCACGUACGUCGCACCGAAUCUUAACGGCAAGGGGGACACUCUGAUCGACGUUAAUAUUCUUCCAGAUCCUUCAAAGUUGAUCAAGAGAAAGAAAUCGACGGAGGAUGUGAGGUCACCUCUCGGCGGGGAAGGGUCACUGACCAGCGAGGAAGGGGAGGACACAGGCGCGGGGAGGCGGAAGAAGGCGCGAACUACUUUCACCGGCCGUCAGAUCUUCGAGCUGGAGAAGCUGUUCGAGGUGAAGAAGUACCUCUCGUCUGGCGAGAGAGCGGAUAUGGCCAAGUUGCUCAAUGUUACGGAAACUCAGGUAAAAAUAUGGUUUCAAAAUCGAAGAACGAAAUGGAAAAAGAAAGACAACGUUACAAACGCAGAGGUAGCAGAAAUGAAGCAGCAGAACAAGCCCAGCGGAGAAGAUAAGAAGACGGAAGAUGUCAAAGAAGAUCCUCUAGCGUUGGACAUGUCUAAGAAGAAUUGUAAUAAAAUAUUAAGCGAGAAAUUAAGAAGUACAAAGCAUUUAGUGCAGACUGUUAUACCCAAACCUAGGAGGGUUGAAAAGGGGGUAGUUUUAGAAAGCAUAUGUGACGCGAAUGACAUAGAGAGUAGAAUUUCCAUAACAAAAAUAACCAAUAAAUUAUCAAGUACUGAGCUGGUGGGAGAAAACAAAGUGUCCGUUAAGAGUUUUAGCCCGGAAGAAGUAAAAGACUUGAAGUUCGAUAGUCUGAGUAGAGACGUCGAAAUGUGAGGGCUUUAGGAAUAACGUGGGCCCGUUGUGAUAUCGAAAAUAUUUUUGCUAUUUAUUACUGUUACAUGAAACUUACUGAAGUAAACUGAAUUCUAGAAAAAUUUCACAUAUUACUUGUUUUAAAGACAAAUGUAUACAGAAGCUUGUAUAGAUUUCUAGUGAAUUCUAAAAAUUUAGUACUUUUCAUUAUGAUAUUUCAAAGGGCCCAUUAGUAAAUGUAAAUCGGACAAAACAAGUUAAGAUAUAGGAGUCACCGUCCGUCCGACGCGAGGCCACGUUCUCACCAACUUUCAUUGCGCUAUCAAUAAAAAUCAAUAUAUUUACAAAUUACAUGAGAUUUCUUUGCUAUCGUGUGUACUAACAUUUUCGUUUGUUUGUAAAAUGUAUUUAUUUGUACGAUUGUUAGUUUUAAAAUUUAUAGAUACUAGCUGUUGCUCGCGACUUCG